UCACAAGAUAACGGAUUUGCCAGCAGAGCAGUUGGUGAUUAUCAUGUUUAUAAACGAUGUCGAACAUCGCCCCGACCUCACUCAAUUGCUGCAUUUUGUUUCUCAAAGUCAAAAAUCAGUGUCCUGAUGCUACCCGGAAUAAUUCUGGUGGGUCUGCUAGCAGCUGCUGGAGGCUCACAAUCGGAAGAUGAACCCCAACCUGUUGGGGAGUCCCACUUACGAUGCAGUAUACCGAACGAAUCUACGGAAGGUAUUUGCGUUCCACCAAACGAAUGCCGAGCCUUUCAGGAGAUUAAUCAUCCGCCGGAAUCGUGGUCUACCGGUCGCAUGAGCUUCAUCCGUGCGCUGCAGUGUUCGUCUGAUAAUGAAACUUUGAUUUGCUGCCUCCAGGGCCGUAGCUACCAGCUGCCGCAGCUUGAAUCCGCUAAUAUUUCCCAGCGCUAUCGUAAUAAUUCACUGGAUAUUGGAAGUCGCUUCGGAGGCGAUGAGGACGAAUGUGGCCAUCAGACGUAUGUUCAAAAAAUUAUAGGCGAUUUAACCGAGAUUGAUGAGUUCCCGUGGGCAGCACUGUUAUUCUACCGGAAUGGCCAACAGAGGUGUGGUGGGGUCCUCAUCGGGCGCUCCCAUGUUUUGACAGCAGCGCACUGCGUUGCAGGGAGCAGUUAUAAUCUACAUGGACCGCUCUCCUACGUUCGACUACGAGAAUACGAUGUUAAUCGUGAUCCUGACUGUAUGUUAGUGAAAAAUGUACAAGGGUUUUUAGAAGCGGAUUGUGCGGAAGAAAAAAUCGAUACACGCCCUUUAGCGAUUAUAAUUCACCCGGAUUAUGUGCCAAACAGUGAACAACAACACCACGAUAUUGCGCUGAUCCGGAUUGAUCGUAUCCCGAACUAUACAGACUUCUUACAACCGAUUUGUCUGCCGGAGCGAGGAUUGCGGACCGGGCUGCAAUUCGGAAAAACACUUAGCGUUUGCGGUUGGGGAAAGACAAAUUUCUUUGGUGGUCUGGGAAAAAGCCCGGUGAAAAUGAAGUCUCGGCUUCCGUUCGUAGAUCAACAAAGCUGCAUCAAAGCGUACAAAUCUCAGAGACUUUCUCUGGGUAAAGGUCAGAUUUGCGCUGGUGGUAAAAAGAACGAAGACUCCUGUGCUGGAGACAGUGGAUCACCGCUAAUGUUCUUCGAUGCUAAACAGGGGGUUUGGGUUUUGGCGGGAAUCGUGAGCCGCGGAGCGGAGGUGUGUGGCUUAGCCGGUAAGCCUGGCAUUUUCACCAAUGUUAGGGAAUAUCUUCAAUGGAUCAAAGAACACACAUAUUAAUCGAUCAAUUUUAAUAAACUUAUUCACACAUUA